UGAGCCGGGGCGAGGCAAGACGGCAGUAGUCGUGCUUCUUCCAUUGCUGUUCCUGAACGUGGCUUGUACUCGGAGGGCCAAGUAAUUAGCCGCCGCCACCGCAUCUCGAACCAUUCUUCUAUGGCUUCCAUCACCAAUUUCGCGGUUAAAUCACCCUUGUCCCUCUCCACCCACCACUCCAAGCUCGUCCCCCUCCAUUCCCGUUCUUCUUUACCUUCUCUGACGUCUCGUGCUGCUCCACCGGCUGGACUCAGAACCCCUCACUACAGCCGCUUAAUCACAAGAGCCACAGCCGCCCCCGGUGCCAAGAAAGUUCAAAGCGACGAGAGAGUUCAAAAAGUUCAUAGCAUCGAAGAAUUCGACAAAGCCCUGCGAUCGGCCAAGGACAGACUGGUGGUGGUAGAAUACGCCAGCAGGACCAGCUAUGAGAGCAGCAAAAUAUACCCUUUCAUGGUGGAACUGAGCCGAUCGUGCAGCGAUGUGGACUUCCUUCUGGUGAUGAGCGACGAAUCAGAGAAGACAAGAGAGCUAUGCAGGAGAGAAAAGGUGGAGAAAGUACCUCACUUUAGCUUCUACAAGAGCAUGGAGAAGAUACACGAAGAGGAAGGGAUCGGUCCGGAUCAGCUGAUGGGAGACGUGUUGUACUACGGAGACAGCCAUUCGGAAGUGGUACAGCUGCACAGCAGAGAGGAUGUGGAGAAGCUGAUGGAGGAUCACAAGGCCGACCACAAGCUGAUCGUUCUGGACGUGGGGCUCAAGCACUGCGGGCCCUGCGUGAAGGUGUAUCCCACGGUGCUGAAGCUGUCCAGGCAAAUGUCUGACUCGGUGGUGUUUGCCAGGAUGAACGGCGACGAGAACGACAGCUGCAUGCGCUUCUUGAGGGACAUGGACGUGGUGGAGGUGCCUACGUUUCUGUUCAUCAGAGACGGCAAGAUUAGCGGAAGGUAUGUGGGUUCUGGAAAAGGCGAACUCAUCGGCGAGAUUCUGAGGUACCAAGGGGUUCGUGUCACUUAUUAAUUUGAUACAUGUUUGGCUUCGCUUCUCAAUAUAUCUAUCUCCUCAUUAUUCUCAUCAUACAUGCCUUCAUAAAUUGCACGAACCAUCGCGUCUACUGUCCUGGGGGAACACUCCUAUCUAGGAACCCAAUAUACUAGUGCAAUUUUUUUUCCUUCUAA